GCAUUUCUCUGGGAGUUGGGCUGCUAAAAACUUAUAUGUAUGCAAACAAAAGGAUUGUAAAUCAGGUUUUCCUAAGAGAAAGGUGUUCCAGACUGGAGUGUGUUUGGUUAUUGGCAUUCCUAACAGGAUCCUCUCUCCUUCUGUAUUAUACGUUCUACCCUCAAUCUCUUCAUUACAGCUUGAUCCUUUUAAGUCCUACUGUGGAUUACACAAAUUUCUGGGAGGUACUUUGGAUCGUGGGGAUCACAGACUUCAUUCUGAAGUUUCUCUUCAUGGGCUUCAAAUGCAUCGUUCUCUUGCUGCCUUCUUUUAUCAUGUCUUUUAAGUCCAAGGGUUAUUGGUAUAUGCUCUUGGAAGAGCUCUGCCAGUACUACCGCAAGAUCGUCCCUGUGCCAGUCUGGUUCCGGUACUUUGUUGGCUUAAGGGAGCUGGACAGCCCAUUGGGGUGGAGUCUUGGAAUCUUGAUGGCCCUGCUCUACCUCAUCCUAAAGGUAAACCCCAAUUUGCUUCUGAACCCUUAA